ACCGGAAGUAACAGAAUGCGAAAUGAAAACAGAAAUAUCAAGAACGAAAUGGAAAUGAGUAACGACCCUCAGGUUCCAAAUGGAAAACGAAAAUCUACUGAAAAUGGUUCAAAGUAUGGAAGAAUGGAUCUAGCCGACUUUGUUACAGAAGUUGAAACAUUUUCUCGUCUAGUAGAACCGAUUGCAUUUGUUGUGUACUGCAUUGAAGAUAUACGAAAAUGGAAAUAUACAAUUGGGACUUUGGUUGUGUGGAUUCUGUGCAAUAUUGGUUGUCUUGUUUUAACUAAAGGUGCUGUGUUUACUCUGAUUUCUUUGCUGGUAAUAUGCAUUGCUACUACGUCCUUGGUACAACUACAUACCAGAAUCCUGGAUAAAUGUCUUCCCUCUACCUCAUCUCAAAAAGAGGAAGAGGAUGAAGACAUAGAAGAUGAAGAAGCAAUGAAGACUGUCAAACAGUUCCGCUAUAGCCUCCUACAAAUGUAUGAUUUUAUUGUACUUUGCAAUGAAGGACUAACACAGUUUUACAGAAUUCUCAAAUGGGACAACACUCUUGCCUCUCUCAGAUUCCAUGUGGAGAUAUGUGUAUUCUUGUUAAGUUUGGUUGUCUUGCCAACAAGAGGAAUUUGUUUUAUGCUAGUUAACUGGUUCUUUUUGGCCAAUGAGGUUGUGUUUUACAAAUUGUUAAAAUAUGGAGAAAAAGUGUGGGGCAUUUCCCUGUCUCCCAUACCAAUCAAAGACAAUGGGCCCAUCAAGGUUAGUAUAGAGUCCACUGUUUUGGAAGAAGAUCAACAGAAAUCUAAGGAAGAGGACACAAAAGAGCAGUCAGAGGAUUGUGACCCAAGUCAGCUGGAGAUCAUGUCUGAUGACUCGGAACUGAAGAGUUCCAUCUACUCCAAACCCAGCAUGGUGGAGCGGCUCCUAGAGCUACGGAAACGAAGACAGCAUAUUGCACAUGAAACUUGUCAUAAAUGUGAUGUUUCAUUUGCUUCCAUAUUGAAGAGGAGAUUCUACUGCCGACAUUGUGGAAAUAACUUCUGUUCAAAAUGCUGUAACCAAAAAGUUCCCAAAUCAAUGUUUGGAGCAACAGCUCCACAAGCACAGUCUGAAAUGGUCCUAGUUUGUGGUGUGUGUUAUGACUUACUUAUGAACCAAGCAGAAAAGGAUAAACAAAGUUAAUGGAUUGGUGGGAUGAUGUCAAGUCAAAAGAGAAAGACUCAGCUGUAUGAUAGAAUCCCACCUACUUUGCAUCUCUGAUUUAGAAAGUCACUGCCAAGAUUGUAUUUUAAUGUUGCAAAUAGAAUCCUUAAAUGUUGUAUGUAUGAGCAAGGAAAAUAUAUUUAAUUUCAUCUUGUCUGUAUGAUGGGCAAUAUAAACAUGUACUCUUUAGUACAUUUAGACCUCACUUGUAUUUUAUUUUGACCCUGCAUAGCAGUUGUUGAGGAUAAAGAAUCAAUCAGUUUUUUAAAUCUUUCAUUUGAAUUACUUGUACAUGAUACAGUCUUGCAAGCCAAUUUUGUAACAUAACAAUGUUUUGAACAAUGUCACAGAUUUUUGCCUUGCUUGCUCAAGACAUAUCUGUUAAUGAAUAUGUUUGUUGUUAGUUUAUAAUGUUUUGCACAAUGAUAAUUUAUUUCACUUGUUUCUUUUUUGUUAUGAUUUAGGUUACCUUUUCAAUAUAGUAUAUUAUACAAAAUGUAAGUGUAUCAAAUCUGACUUAAAAACUGAAGUACAUUGUUAACUUUUAUAUUUCAAAUUAUGGCAGUAUUUUUUGGUCAAGAAAUCCCAGAUAUCUUUUGUGUGUCAGAAUUGAAGGACUACUUGUAUUUAAUUUGAAACAGAAAAUGUGUUAUGUUUUAAAUUCUGUAAUGUUUUUACUAAUAAUACGGGUUAUUAGGUAUUUUCUGAAAUCCAAGGCAUUCAUUUGACAUACAUAUAUAAAUUGCCUAAGCUAUUUCUUCUGAUAGCUCAAUGUGAUAAAAGGGUAAAAUAUUAAAUUUCAUCUCAAAAACCUUUAAGACUUCGAUAGAAACAAAAAUUAUUGUAAAUUUAUGUGUAUGUUGAACAAGUGUAUGGCAUUUUAUUAAGAAAUGGAACAAUGUUAGGCAAAGUCUUACCAUGCAUGCAACAAAUAUCAUUUGUUCAUCAUUUUGUGAAGACUUGUUUAUUAAAACUAAAUACAAAUAAGAAGUCUCUUUUAUGGAAGAAAGAAUUUUUUAGUCAAAAAUAAUAGGCCUAUCUCACAAAUAUUUCUCCUGCAUAAAUAACACUGGCAUGGAAUUUCAGUUUCAAAGGGGGAUAAUUUACCUGAAAAAUCUUUGACAAGCCUAAAAUAGAUGAUUUUGUGGGGGAGGGGAGUUUUUUUUUUCUUUUUUGACAAUAAAAGAUUUCAGUUUGUUACCAAAAGGAAGGGGGCACCUAGCCUUUCAGUGAAUAUUUUAUUCUAUAUUAAAAUAUGGCAAUUGGGAAAAUGGAGGUCGAACUGUUUCUCUGAAGUAUUGAGUUUGCAAUAUUACAAGUUAAAAAAUUAAGACUUUUUUGUAAAGUAUCGGACCAAAAACACCUGGCUGACUAAAAUGUAUUGUACAUGAUGCUAUCAUGUGUUUUACUACAUGUAAUCUUCAAUACUUGUCUGCAUUGAAUUUAUCAAAAGUAGCAAAUAUUUGAGUCGCAAUGGCCAAUUUUUUUUUUUAUGGCAAUGGAAUUUAAUGGAAGAUUGAUAGACUAGUGUAAUAUUUUAUUUAGUGUGUCUGAUAUGCUGAUAAUGUUUUAAAUAUAGAAGUUUUUUGUAGUGAUUUUUUUGUAGUGGUGACUGGUGCUUCUAGUCCUUUAUCUAGUCUAAGUGUGAUGGCUUGCCUUUCAUGUGUGGUGUUGGUUUCAAAUUAAUAUUGAAAUCUAAAAUUUGUCUGAAAUUAGCCUCAAUAUCUUGUAACGUCUGUAUAUUUUUAUCAGUAUUAGAGGCAUUAAUUAUGAUUUCAUUGUUAUUAAAUAAUAAUUUAAUUUAACAUAAGAUGUAAUUCAAUUUUACAAUUGAAUAUACAUGUAUAUGGUUUAUAAUACAUAUACUUUAAAUUUGAUACAUAAACUCAACCUUAAAAUUUAUUGUCCAUAAAGAAAAAUAAAACAACUUAGUAUGAUAUUCCUUAAUUCGGAAUAAAAAAUUCUUUGUGGUAGGAUCAAAUUUGACCCCUUUUAAGGGAAUAUUGGAAUUUAAAAGCUUUGAUUUUAUUCCGAUACAAUUUAUUUCAUUUUUUUUCUUUUUUUGCUAAGCAGUGUUUGCUUUAAUUGCUUUGGAAAUAGUUUACAUUUCUCUUCUUAAUAUUUUUGGAAAAUUUUGCUCAUCUGCUUUUAAAGCUUCUCCAUUAUUAAAUUGAUACUGUUUAUGGUGCUUUUUCAACAAGUUUAACAUUUUAAAUUUGACAAUUAUCGGCUGUCUAAAUUCAUAAUUUGGAAAAAUGAAGGGAAGAGUGUUUUGGUGACAGUUUACUUUAGUUUGUUUGUUUGUUUGUGUUUUUGUUUUAGAGUAGUUGAAGUGUACAUGUUUUGAAUAUAAAUGUUUUAUCAUAGAAUGAAUUUGCUUGUACUGAAUUGCAGUGCAAUUUUUGAGAAUAGUGAAUACAUGUACUAUGUGUUAAUUUUGAGAUUCUUAAAUUGUUAUCUCAAAUUUAUGCUAAUUUGUUUUUAUUAAUUUAUGAUUUUUUUUUUUACCUUAUGCAUUUUACUCAUAACAUUAAUGUUAGUGAAAUAGUUUUGAUUUUUUUUUUUAAAGCAUUUUAAUUUUUUUUUUUUUUUACAUACUUCUAGCAUUAAGAUAAGUUUUGCAUGAAUUACAUAGAAUGUUAUUGUUGAUCUUAUAUUUACAAAUGUUAGACAAUAUAUUCUUUUUAUCAUGCUUUUACAGAUUCAGUGUAUUAGAAUAUGUUUUUAUAUGAUGACUAAAGUAACCUCUUUGAGUAAUCUUUUUUGAAAAAAAAAAAUGUUAUACUGUGUAUAAUGUAGUCAUAUCUACAUGUGUAGGUCGUGAGGACAGUUGUUGGGUGCAACCCUCACCCACCCAUCCCCACAAGAGAAACAAUUCUCAAAAAUAUCUUUUUAACACAAAUUUAAUUAAUUAAUUGUCUGUUUUAAGUAAGGCUGCUCAAUAUUUUUUUUAUUUGAUAUGUGAGGAAAUGACUAAUUCAAGAUUGCACCAAAACAAACCAAAAUUAACAGAUCAGGUAUCCACUUAUUUAAAACAUAUUGGUGCAAGGGGGGGGGGGGGGGGUUCAUCCCAGACCCUCUCCUGAAUUGCUUUUCCAGAAACUUGGACAAGGUGUGCUUGUUAUUGAAGUUGUUCUUUACAUUACUGGUAAAUAUGAUCAAGCAAUCCAGUCCAUGAUUUUAUAACUUCAUUGUAACAACUUAAAUGCUAAGAGGUAAUUUACUUUAGGGUAAGAUGAAAAAAAUCUAACUUUGGAAACUCUUUUAUUUUUUUUUUUUAUUACCAUCUGACUCUCACUGAAUUGUCACCCUUGAUGUCAUAGAAACAUGGCAUAGAACAGUGAUUCAAAUAUGCAAUUUACUAUGUUUUAAUUUUGACUCUCAAUAUAUCACUUGAAAUUAAUAUAGUUACAAGAAUGGUAAUGUAUUUUAACUAAGUGGCUGAAAAUGAUAUUUUCAUAAAAUUACAAAAUUUUUAUAGAAAAUGUGAUAAGUCCUAAAAAUCAAUUUAUCUAUUCAGACUUAACGGGACUGUAGGUGGUUUUGGUAGAUGGUUUAUAAAAUAAGGAAAGAAGUACAUUAUUAUAUGAGAUCUGUUUUAGAAUUCAAUUGUUUUUGAAAAUGAUUGAUAAAAUGGAUUUUACUUUAAAUAUGUUGUAUAUUAAUAUGUCAGCUCAAAUGCAGUAAAAUUAUUGUUAGAUUUUUUGUGUUGUGAAUAAAAGUAUGGAGUAAAGAUCUUUUA